CGGAGCCGUGCUCACGUGAUCCGUGCCGGUGUGGCGGGCGCGGUGGCCGCGGUGGCCCCGGCGGGAAUGUCCCGCAAACAGGGGGCCAAGGCCCGGCCCGCCCCUGGCGCCAGGAAAGGCCGGCGGCCCCGGCAUACCCCCGCCGGACCGGCGCCGGGCCCCGCUCCGGGAAACACCGGCGGCCUCGCCGGGCAGCUCCGGGCCCUCGGCCUCAAGCUGCGGGAGGUGCCGGGAGAUGGCAACUGCUUGUUCCGGGCCCUGGGGGACCAGCUGGAGGGGCACUCCCGGAACCACCUGCGGCACCGCCAGGAGACCGUGGACUACAUGGUGAGACAACGGGAGGACUUYGAGCCCUUCGUGGAGGAUGAUGUGCCCUUUGACAAACACGUUGCCAAUUUGGCCAAGCCUGGUACUUUUGCUGGCAAUGAUGCUAUCGUGGCCUUUGCAAGGAACAAUCAAAUUAAUGUGGUUAUUCAUCAACUCAACGCUCCACUGUGGCAGAUCCGGGGCACGGACAGGAGUGACAGCAGGGAGCUGCACAUCGCUUAUCGUUACGGGGAGCACUACGACAGCGUCAGGAGGCUCAACGACGACUCGGAGGCRCCGGCCUAUCUGCGCAUGGAGAUGCUUUGCAAGAACGAUUCAAAUAAGGCAGAGGAAGUGAAGCCACAGAAGGAUGACUCUGAAGAUGAGACUGAAGUGGAGGUGGAAGAUGCUGUACAAAAAGUGUGCAAUGCAACUGGGUGCUCAGACAUUGAUUUAGUGAGCCACGUUCUGGAAGUGGAGGACUACGAUGUGGAAUCUGCAAUAUUUGCCAUCUUGCAAGUGAAGGAAGAAGAAGGAAUAAGUACCGAGGAGCAGCAGGAGCCCCUGGGCAGGGAUCACAAUUCCUGUAGUGGAACACUGUGGAAGGAGGAUGGAACUGGUUCAAGAAUCUUUGGAAAUCAGAGCUUGCAUCAAGGUGCAACAGAAAACGCCAAGGGACAGGCUGGAUCCAGGGAGGAGAGCCGAGCCAGCAGGAACCCAAAGGUAGCCAAGAAACAAAGGAAGGAGCAGCAGCGGCUGGAGAAGAAGAAGCGKCAGGAGGAGAGGCACCGGCAGAAGGUCCUGGCCACCAAGAGGGACUGUGCAGACAGCAGGACAGAGACAGAGMCAGCCAACCAUGUCACCCUGGUGAAAGCCAUGGCAGCCCUAAACAUAUGACUCAGUGCUCUGCUGAGAAAAGCAAAUAAAACAUGAAGACAAAAUUCCCCCAGGAGAAUUUCCAGGCAACCAUGGUUAUCUUAAAACCCAUCUCUGCCAGGAUGCCCAAGCACAAGAGAACUUCCUCUUCCUUAGGUUGUGGGGAGGACAAUUGCUCAUUGAUUCUGCAUCAACCUGUGAUGAGAAGAGUUGUUUGAACUUAACAGGAAAUAGAGACUUGGGUCUGUUAAUCUUGGAGUUAGAUGAAGGUGAGAACACAUAAUGGUGUCAGAUUUGUUUUGACAUCUCUUGAUGUGCCUGGUUUUUGUUUUGUUUGUUUGCUUGUUUUUGUUUUUGGUUUUUUUUGUUAUGCUUGGAGUAGCUUUAUUUUACCUUGCUGUCAGGGAAAGCUUACCAAAUCUCAGCUCAGGAAUAUCUCUGGUGGGUCUUUUUCUAUCUAAAUUUAUAUAAAGAAAGGGAAGAGAGUCCCAGAAUCCUUUCCAAUGCAAAGUGUGUCAGCCAGCUCUGUCUCACACAUGACAUUCCUCUUUUCUUUGCCAUGCAGAAAUGCAGUGACAAAUUCUAAUCUCACUAGAACUGCUGAUAUUGCACUGGGCUGGUUCAGAAGUGAUUAAUACAURGAGGGAGAUUGGGUUGCUGCAUCCAUGGGGUUUGGGAUCAGCUGAGACCUGUGGAGUGAAAAAUACCCACCCAAAACAAUAAUCCCAUAAACUGAUGAGACUGCAGAGCCAAUUCUUCUGAUUUGCUAAAAUGUGACAGGAACAGGCAGGAGAUUUCUGGUGAGUGUUGUUACUUAGAUACCUGGAAUCUCAUCCCCUUUGCCAUAUUCCUGAGUUUUUGGGCUUCUCCAGGGCUUUAGUCCAAGCCAGGACCUUGAUAGGUGUUAGUCUCCAAAUGAAAUCAGUAGAGCCAAAGAACCAAGAGUCCUGGGAACAAGCUUCCUAGCAGCAGAUCCCUGGGAAACCUGCCUAUUUCACUUCAUAAAUCAAGAUUUUUUCCACUGGUUUUUUCAUCUUAAAUUCCAUUUUAGUGAGGUCACCAAGUAGGAUGUACAUCUUGACUCCUGUGAUGUUUUCCACUGUAGAACUGAGAAUUUGGAGCGAGGUGAAAGGAUUGUGGGACUCAGCCUUUGAUUUAUGGCUCGCAGUGUUUCAGUUCCACUCAGGUUUUUGGGCUUCAAGCACUAAGCUUGAAGAAAGCACAUCUGCACUUACACAGGAGACACCUCAUCAGCCAGGGCAGAGGUGAAAGGGAUUUUUGAAAAGUAAGGAGUGUUACUCUUGAAAAAUUUCUGUGCUUUGAAGUUUAAAUCGACAUGGAAAUAUAAAUGGUUAUUUUACUGAGCUGCCAAGAACUGAGCUGGUACUUUGUGUGCUCUGCUGCUGUUAAUUGAAGAAUAAAAAGAAGGGAGCUCUCCUGGAAGAACUGGUGGUGUAGAAAUUCCUUUUUUCUCCAAUAUAGUAAUUUUUAUAGUAGAGGGAAGAGAAAGUGCAGGCUCCUUCAGGGGGUGAUGAGUUGUGACAACAGCUUUGGCAAGGCAGUGCAGGUGAAUGUGUCACCCAUGUCCUGCCCUGUCCUGUAUUUUGGUCUGGAAGUCAGGUGUGUUCUGCAGGUUUAAAAAGAUAAGAUUUUGCAGUUGUGAACUGUGAAUAAGAGGUUUGAUCUCAAUGAAUUGGGGUUUUGUGCUCUGGAGCCAGAGCUGAUAAGAGAUUCGUUGUUGCCUGGAGCCUGAGAGCUGUGAAAGGAGUGUCCUGGAAGCUGAGGAGGGAACUCAGACCUUACCCCAUCGUGUGCAGGAUGAAAGGGGGGGUCUGCAACCUCAGCACAAAGAGCAGAGGGAGACACUGGCCAGCAACUCAUGGCCUCUGAUAYCUGGAACCAAACCUGGGGCUGAAAAUGCUUUAAUUUCUG